UUAAUUAUUUUUAUCCAUCCGAAAAAAAUAAUUAAAAAGAAGAUUUUUUGAGUUUUUCAGAAAUAAAAAUCAUUAUUGAAUGUUGCUUUUUGAAAAAACAGCUGCUGGACUCCAGCAGCUGGAUGACACUACUGGUACGCGUAGCAGCUGUCAAACUUGACGUUUCACUGCUAUGGAAACUGCUUUACAUUCCCUGUCAAAUAUGAUAGAGGACACUAUAGCUAAUAAGGAAUAUGCGUUGGGGACCUUCCUCGACAUAGAGGGGGCGUUCGAUAACAUUUCCUUCGAUGCUGUUGACGAAGCAAUGGAGCAACGUAAUGUGAAUAUGGUCAUAAGAAGAUGGACACAAAGUCUACUACGAUCUAGAGCCAUCACAUACGAGUCCCAUGGAAAAAAUGCAACCGUUAUACCCAAAAGGGGAACUCCACAGGGAGGAGUCAUCUCACCAACAUUGUGGAUCCUGGUUAUGGACGAACUCCUAACGAUGUUACAUCGGGAGGGGUUUGAGAUAAUAGGUUAUGCAGAUGACUUAGUCAUUAUAUGUCGUGGGAAAUUCCUAGGAACCCUGUGUGAAAGAACACAAAGAGCAUUAUCAAUCGUAGAGCGAUGGUGCAUUAAAAUUGGUUCAUCGUCUAAUCCGAAUAAAACUGAAAUGAUGAUUUUCACAAAUAAAAGGAAACUGUCAGACUUCAAGGCCCCCAAGUUAUUUGGCAGAAGGAUCCAGUGGUCCAGAAGUGUAAAAUAUUUGGGUAUUACUUUCACUCCAAAUCUCAACUGGAGUAAUCACCUUGAAUACCGCAUUAACAAAUGUAUAAGGGUCUUCUGGGCUUGUAGAAGGGCAAUAGGAAGGAAUUGGGGGCUAAACCCAACAAACCUCCUGUGGCUUCAUACAGCAAUUGUUAGACCAAUGAUAUCGUAUGGAUCGUUCAUAUGGUGGAAAGGCACUACAUCGGCGAUGGCACAGAAAGCUCUUUGCCAUCUUCAGAGGGUUGUGUGUAUGGCAAUAACAGGAGCUGCCAAAAGUGCAUCACAAGUAGCACUGGAAACUUUGCUAAAUAUUCCACCAUUGGACAAAUUCAUCACAGCCGAGGCACAAAUAACAGCAUUUCGGUUAAGAACAAUCAUAAACUUGGAAAGAGUACGGCACUACAAUCACUCGAAUGCUAUAGAGAGAUUGUAUUCUUAUGAACCGUUCCUACAAGCUCCAAGCGACAGGAAUCCACCUGCAUUAUAUUUCGAAAAACCUUAUCGUGUAAUUUUACCGACAAGGGAGGCAGAAAUGAUGGAGGAAAGGCCUACUGUCACACAAAUCGAUAGAUGGUUUACAGAUACUUCAGUAAACAUAAUUGGAUCUGGAUAUGGCUUUUGGAAUGAAAGCACAGAUACGGAAUACUGUGGAUACCUUGGCCUAUAUGCUGAUAUUUCACAGGCUGAGUUGUCUGCUAUUCUAAACUGCAGUAUAGAAAUAGCAAAUGACAAUCUCAGCACAUCACCCAUAGUGAUUCACACGGAGAGUUUGUAUGCUAUUAAAGCAUUAAACGACUUCAAAGUGGACACCAAACUUGUGUUAGACUGUAUUACAUUACUAACGCAGAUAGCGCAACGUAGGGAAGUAACCCUAAAAUGGAUUUCACCUCAAACCCAAACUCAGGGACAAAUGAGGGCGGCCAUUUUAGCCAAAAAAGGUGCUUCGCAAAGAGCAUAUGGUCCCGAACCCUUUCUUCCUUGGAACGAAAGGAAAUGUAGGAACAUAUGUAACAAAUGGUUACAGGAAAGUAUUAUCAUACGAUGGCGUAACACAAAUACAUGCUCAACAACUAGAAGUUUUCUAACGACACCUAGUAAAAAGAUUGCAUCACAACUACUUAGUUUAAGUAAAAUGAAACUAAGUUAUACCAUAGGUAUCCUAACAGGUCAUAUUAGACUGAAUGCACACUUGAAGCGCAUUGGAGUUAGGGAUGAUCCAGAUUGUGACCUUUGCGGAAGAAAUGAGGAAACCUCAAUUCAUUUCCUGUGCACAUGUACACAACUAGAUCGUACCAGAGUUACUAUUUUUGCUUCAUCAAAGAGACGGGUAGAUUCUCUCAACUGAGGGACACCCCCCCUUUACUAAAUAACGAUAGACAAGUUACAGGGAACGAUACUUUUAAUGUAACACAACCCACGUAAUAGUGUCGCAACAUUAAACCUAUGGAUGAUUAUAUUAUCAAUCGGUAGGAACGAGCUGUUUUACUCUUUCUCCACGGGUAGCUUUGCAAUAGGUCCUUGACCUUCGCGACGAGAUUUUCUCUUUUGAGUCUUUCUCCCCACUAUAAUCCAUACAUCCAUACAAGUGUCGUUUGGUUUCACUCAUUGUAGACCGAUUGAUAUAUUAAUGGUGAUAUUUUUUUUCUUUCCAUUCU